GUCAAGGACGUCCGCCGGGUCAUCCACGCCCUGACGCAGGGGACCCCCGACGAGCAGCAGGAGGCCCUCUACCGGUACUACGCGCCGUCGGCGUCGUUUGUGCACCCUUUCUGCCGCGUUCCGUCUUUUCAGGGCGUCCGCGUUCCUGGCUACGGCCAGUUGGACUCGCGGACCUUGAUCCUCUCCGUCUUGAAGUGGCAGAUCCUCAGCCCCAAGAUCGACAUUAAGGUCGAGUCGUCCGUCUUCGACCAGCGCGCCAACCUCUUGUACGUAACGUCGGCGCAGACCUUCUCGCUCUGGUUCGUGCCGUCCCACAAGGCGCCGGUGCGCCUCGUCACGGUCCUGUCGCUCGUCCCGUCAGACGCAAACGGCCACCACAGCAGCAACAGCACCACCGGCGGCGAUCGUCAGGUCAACGGAGUGCACGACGAGUCGGACGGCGACGAGCCCGAGGAGCCCAGCUACGCCGACGUGCUGUCGGCGGCCCCGGGCGCCACUACCGGAAACCUCGACGGGCACUCGGCCGCGAACGCCGUCGCCGAGCGGACCCAGCCGCCGCUGCCGCCCAAGAAGGCCAACAACAGCAGCCAGCAGCAGGUUUCGUCGCCAACAUCGUCGCCCUCAUCCCGCCCGCGGUACCUGAUCCAGAAGCACGAGGACUUCUACCAGGUCAACGAGUUCCUCAAGUUCCUGUUUAUGGCCCCCGGCGCGGCCGUCUGGGCCGCCUGGCAGCUGUUCAGUACGCUCCUGUGCGUGGUCGGCGCGCUGCUGCUCGCGCCGUUGAUGCACGUGGUC